AUGGGAGGAGUUGCGUGGACGGAAGAAGAAGAUCAUCUGCUGAGGAAAUGCAUUGAGCAAUAUGGAGAAGGCAAAUGGCACCGUGUCCCCUUGCUCGCUGGUUUAAACAGGUGCCGGAAGAGCUGUAGGCUGAGAUGGCUAAACUACCUCCGACCCAACAUCAAGAGAGGGAGUUUUGCUGAAGAGGAGGUUGAUCUCAUUAUCAAGCUUCACAAGCUCCUGGCAGUGGACAAACCCAACUGCUGCCUGCUCGACCUUGUGGGGCUGAGAUGA